AUGCACUUCUCCGAGAUCAUCACCUCCACCCUCCUCUUCUCCCUGUCCUCCGUGGCUGUCGCGGCACCCAGCCCCACCCCGCUGGAGGGCCGCAUCGCCGAGCUGGAACGCCGCACCGAGAAGAUGGUUGCGCGCGCAGGCUGGACAUGUGCUUUUGGUGGCAAUGAGGCCUGUCAGGUCAAUGUGCACGUCGAAGAUGUGCCUCGUGGGUUUGACAUAGCUGACGAUGUCUUUAGUGCGUUGCUGAGGGACAUGCUGGUGGAUACCGUGCCAGUGAUGAUGGAUAUGGGAGUUGGGAGACAGCGCGGUCCGGACGAAGAAAUACAAGGGGGUGUGCUUAUUGUGAUCUUGUCUUUGCUUCUCUUUUGUUCGUAG